CGCUGUAAUAAAAGAAGUCGUCUUCUCCACUGGCCCCGACGGCUUUUUUCCAAAUUUUCUCAGUCCACCUUCUCUCUCUUCCUCCUUCCCUCUUUCUCUCUCUAGGUCAGUCCUCUCUUUUUUCCUUUCUCUUACCCUAUUCACAUACGUAUAUACAUUUUUUUUGUGUUAAUCUACUCGAUCUCUCGGAAGAUCUUUGACUUGGGAUCGAUAAAGGGACGGCCAGGAUCUAGAGGGUAAAAGGUCCUCUCUGUUGGAUCUGAGAGGAGAUGGCUCUGUCUGGCAUGAGAGGUUUAUCGGUAUUCAUCAGCGAUAUUCGUAAUUGCCCGAACAAAGAACAGGAACGCCUUCGUGUAGAUAAAGAGCUCGGAAAUAUCCGUACACGCUUCAAAAAUGAGAAGGUUCAUGUGGUGCCGACAUUGAGGAGGAAUGCUCCUAUCAAAGAUGACAAGGAUGAGGAUCUUUUGCAUUUGCUUAUUGUGGGUUUAGAAGGUUUGACACCUUAUGAAAAGAAGAAGUAUGUUUGGAAAAUGCUUUACAUUUAUAUGCUUGGUUAUGACGUGGAUUUUGGUCACAUGGAAGCUGUUUCUUUGAUAUCCGCACCAAAAUACCCUGAAAAGCAGGUUGGAUACAUAGUGACAUCGUGUUUGCUCAAUGAGAAUCACGACUUUUUGAGAUUAGCAAUUAAUGCGGUCCGCAAUGAUAUCAUUGGUCGGAAUGAAACAUUUCAGUGCCUGGCGUUGACCUUGGUAGGGAACAUUGGUGGGAGGGAUUUUGCUGAAUCACUAGCACUCGAUGUUCAAAAGUUGCUUAUUUCCAGUAGUUGCAGACCGCUUGUGAGAAAGAAGGCCGCAUUGUGUCUCCUCCGCCUCUUUAGGAAAAAUCCAGAUGUCGUCAAUGUAGAUGGCUGGUCAGAUCGGAUGGCACAGCUAUUAGAUGAACGUGAUUUGGGUGUUUUGACAUCUUCGAUGAGCCUUCUUGUUGCUUUAGUGUCCAAUGACCAUGAUUCAUACUGGAGUUGUCUUCCAAAGUGUGUCAAAAUAUUGGAAAGGCUUGCUAGAAACCAAGAUGUUCCUCAAGAGUACACUUACUAUGGUAUCCCAUCUCCCUGGCUUCAGGUUAAGACAAUGAGGGCUCUUCAGUAUUUUCCCACUAUUGAAGAUCCAAACACUAGAAGAUCAUUGUUUGAGGUUUUACAACGGAUACUAAUGGGAACUGAUGUUGUGAAAAAUGUGAACAAGAACAAUGCAUCACAUGCUGUUCUCUUUGAAGCCCUUGCUCUUAAAUCUGUUUCCCAUGGCAACCAAUAUGUGCCUGGUCUUGCCUUCAUCUUCUUUGAUCGUGGCAACCAAUAUGUGCCUAGUCUUGUCAUGCAUCUAGAUGCUGAAAAGGAAAUGAUGUCUCAGUGUGUUGCCUUGCUUGGGAAAUUUAUUGCUGUGCGUGAGCCAAACAUUCGGUAUCUUGGUUUGGAGAAUAUGAGUAGGAUGUUGAUGGUUACAGAUGUUCUGGACAUUAUCAAAAGACAUCAAGCCCAAAUCAUCACCUCAUUAAAGGAUCCUGACAUCAGUAUUCGGAGACGUGCCCUUGAUCUGCUAUAUGGCAUGUGCGAUGUUUCUAAUGCAAAGGACAUUGUUGAAGAAUUAUUGCAGUAUCUCAGCACAGCUGACUUUGCAAUGCGUGAAGAAUUGGCAUUAAAAGCUGCCAUUCUUGCAGAGAAAUUUGCCCCUGAUCUGUCAUGGUAUGUGGAUGUGAUCCUUCAAUUGAUUGACAAGGCAGGAGAUUUUGUCAGUGAUGACAUAUGGUUUCGUGUUGUGCAGUUUGUCACAAAUAACGAGGAUCUACAGUUUGUCACAAACAACGAGGAUCUACAGCCUUAUGCAGCAGUGAAAGCCAGGGAAUAUCUAGACAAGCCUGCUAUACAUGAGACAGUGGUCAAGGUCAGUGCCUAUAUUCUUGGAGAAUACAGCCAUCUUCUGGCCAGACGGCCUGGUUGCAGUCCAAAGGAGAUUUUUAGCAUCAUACAUGAGAAGCUUCCUACUGUUUCGACUUCGACGAUUGCUAUUCUACUUUCAACAUAUGCGAAGAUUUUGAUGCAUACUCAACCCCCAGACUUGGAACUACAGAAUCAAAUUUGGGCAAUAUUCAGCAAAUAUGAGGGUUGCAUUGAUGUUGAGAUACAACAACGGGCUGUUGAAUACUUUGCAUUGAGUAGGAAAGGCGCAGCUUUAUCAGAUAUAUUAGCUGAAAUGCCCAAGUUCCCUGAACGGCAGUCUGCAUUAAUCAAAAAAGCUGAAGAUACUGAAGCCGAUGCUGCGGAGCAAAGUGCUAUCAAGUUACGGGCGCAGCAGCAGACUUCUAAUGCUUUGGUUGUGACUGACCAACGUCCGGCUAAUGGAACUCCUCCUGUGACCCAACUUAGUCUUGUUAAGAUGCCUAGCAUGAGCAAUGUGGAUCAUAACCCUGCAGAGCAAGGGGUGUCUCAGGCCAAUGGGACUCUAAGUGUUGUGGAUCCUCAACCAUCUAGACCUUCAGAUGAUAAUAUUGGCGAUCUUUUAGUUCCACUGGCUAUUGAAGGCCCUCCUGGUUCUGCUACGCUAUCUGGGCAUAGUCCCGUCUUUGGAUUUGGAGGUGCUCCAAAUGCGGAGGAUGCUUUAGCCAUUGCACCUGUCGAAGAGCAGACAAACACUGUCCAGCCAAUAGGAAAUAUUGCAGAAAGAUUUCAUGCUUUAUGCCUGAAGGAUAGUGGGGUGUUGUAUGAGGAUCCUUAUAUUCAGAUUGGCAUUAAGGCUGAGUGGCGGGUGCAUCAGGGACGACUUGUCCUCUUCUUGGGUAACAAGAAUACUGCCCCACUUGUUUCAGUUCAAGCAUUGAUAUUGCCGCCAUCUCAUUUGAAGAUGGAGCUCUCAUUGGUACCCGAAACUAUUCCUCCACGGGCACAGGUGCAAUGCCCACUUGAAGUGGUCAACCUCCGCCCAAGUAGGGAUGUUGCUGUUCUCGACUUCUCCUACAAGUUUGGAACCAACGUUAAUGUUAAACUUCGCCUACCUGCUAUUUUAAAUAAAUUUUUCCAGCCCAUAACAGUGUCUGCCGAAGAAUUUUUCCCCCAAUGGAGAUCACUUUCUGGACCCCCCUUGAAACUUCAAGAAGUGGUUAGAGGUGUGAGAUCAAUGUCUCUCGUGGAGAUGGCAAACUUAUUUAACAGUUUCAGGUUGAUGGUUUGUCCGGGACUUGAUCCAAACACAAAUAAUUUGAUUGCAAGCACUACAUUCUAUUCAGAGAGUACACGAGCCAUGUUGUGUUUGGUAAGAAUUGAAACAGAUCCUGCAGACAGAACCCAGCUGCGUAUGACAGUUGCCUCAGGGGACCCUACACUAACGUUUGAAUUGAAGGAGUUCAUCAAGGAACAAUUAAUUAGCAUUCCUACAGCUUCCCGGGCACCUUCACCAGUGUCUCUGCAAGCUCAACCAGCUGAGCCUCCACAACCUUUGCCAACCAGUUCACCAGCUGCACUAUCAGAUCCUGGGGCUAUGCUUGCCGGUCUUCUUUGAGAAAGUGGAUAUGAUUUAUUCAAGAUUUGUUCACUACAACACAUGUAAACCUGAUUAUACAGCAAUGCCCAUCAAUCCGUCCCUGAAAGUCAGAGGUGGGCAAGGAAAAAUACAAUGCCAGGGCUGGCGGGAUUAGGGGUGAGUUUGCAUGCGUUAGGCUUAGCAUUAGAGUUUUUGGGAGUUGGUUCAGGGUUUUGAGAUUCUUCUCUUACAAUUACAGUGCGCAAGGGUGAGGUUCUCUUUUUUAUUUUAGGGUGAGGGUCUGUUAUUAUUAUUCUUUAUUUCCCCUUCCAUUCCAUUUUUUUCCCUCAUAUCUGGCCAGGUUUCACUCGGUUUCUGUAAUACCAAUAGCAUAUGAAAAAUUGCUUCAAGUGAACUGAUUGUAACUAAUGCAUCAUUUUGUUUUGGAGUCCAUAUGUAUUUUUCAUUCAGAGCAAUUCCGAAUGUGAAAAAAACGGUGUGGCCUUUGUAUUUGUCUUUCUAUUUGUGGUUUUCCUGAAAGAUUGAUGGGAAAAACAUUUGGCUCAAUUCUUGAACCCGAUUACACUUAUCUUUUUCUUUUGGUUGGG